AUGGAAAAUAUCACCACGACGUUUUUCAGAUGCAUCAAAUGGCAGGUUGAAGAAACAACAGACCCAGUUAACUGCCCGUACCAUUACUUUUGUGCCAGUAGUUAUCAAGGUGGUGACUACCCGCCUGCCAUUGCCAUACUGGUACUACUCUUCACAGCAACCUUGUACCUUGUGACGCUGGUCUUCACCGUACAGGAGAUUGUCUGCAAAAGUACAACUACUAAUUCAUCUACCACAGCUGCCGCAGGAGAAGGAGGAGACAGACAUCGUGCUAUUCGAUAUAAUUGUGGUGGUAGUGGCAGUCGUCGAAGUAGGAGGUACUGGAUACCAUCUGGUCCCAUCGCCCUCCCUUUUAUUCUCCUAUCUCUUGCCAAGGGCUAUCGCAUCAACACCCUUUCCCCUCUCGGAGAGUGCAUAGGACCGGCGCUUUUCCAGUUGCUUCAAAUUUCUGCUCUUGCCUUCCCCAAUGAUGAUGAUGAUGAUGACUACAACAUGGAAGGUAAUUUCAAUAAAUGGAAAUAUGAUUUAAAGUACAUCCUGUUCGAGUUGUCAACAGUUUCUGGAAUCUUGCAUGCAAGUCUAUUUUUGGAUUACAUAAUAUUGCCCUUUUAUACGGGCUAUGAUGCAUUGAUGUCAUCAACGAGCUUCUCAGGUGAGUGUGCAUCUUGUAUGUGCCGCACUGAGGUUCUGGAGGUAGGAGGUAAAUUGGUGUCAUACAGGGGAUGGUCUAUUUCCAUGUUUUCUGUUGUUGGUGUUCUAUGUUUGAGGACUAUCUCCAGAUUGUUAAUGUUAUUCUUAUCCCACUAUGACGAUGAAGUCCACAAGGCAACAGUAUUAGCGAUGGUAAAAAUACUCCAAGUUGUCAUAAAGCCCGCAUUAGAAACUAUGAGCUGGAUGUUGAUAUCAAAAGAUACUAUUUACCUGAUGAUGAAUUCUCCAGAGAGUGAUGGGUCAGCGCCGUUAAGAUUAGCUGCACAUGGAUGUGCAUCAAAUGUCUCUGCACCUAAAGAAGCAGACAUAAAGUGGUCAGAAAAUUUGUCAUAA